AUGCAGCUGGGCGCUCGAUGGGGGCCCAGCCUUAAAUUCGAAGCGCAGCAGCCAGACUCAUCCUACCCCUACGAUUACUAUUAUCCACCCAAUUUGCACGUUGGUUACCCUUCAAAAUCUUCCUCUACGUCUUCCCCAGGAGAGAACGGACACCCUGUUCUCCUGCUCAAAACCUUCGCGGGAGACUCCUCUCUACGGCUACCAGAGUAUAAUGCACCCGAAAAACCAGACGACUGGUCCCGGCUGGCCGCUUGUGGAACCAUGAAAGAGCGGUACGCCGUGUUGAGAGAUUUUGGCGCGACGGAAUGGGAUGACGUGAAGAAAUGUCCUGAUAUUACGCAGUCACUGCAGGAGGGUAUGGCAGAGGGGAAGAAUCUUGCAAGGAAGAAUGUGGAGGAGCUGAUCCACAAGUACAAAAUCGCCCUUCAACAAGCAUAUGAUGAUUAUCUGAGCAAACUCUUGGUCUGCCUGAACCCAGUCUUUGACGAGGUCAACUCGUUCCGUGCUGGGUACAAGGCAGUAUACAGAGCCAGCCGAAGAGCCACGCCGGGAAGCAUCGAGACGCUGCUUAGACUACGCAAGCAUGGGUAUCGCAUUUGCGUAAUCACUAACGGGCAAACCGAAGACCAGGCAGCUAAGGCUGAGGACAUCGGAAUACUGCAUCUAGUCGACCGCAUCAUCACUUGGGAGGAAGCAGGUUAUCGGAAACCCGAUCGGCGAAUCUUUCAAUAUGCAAUGAAAUAA